AUGACACAUGAAGCGUUGACUGCUAGCACAACCGUUCAACAGAAUUUUACCAUGUUAGAAAAGGACUAUGAUGAGCGACCACAGUUUAUGAAAUAUGAAUAUUGCUACGAUUUGAGACGAAGUAUGUCGAUGAUGUAUUUAAAACAAAAAUAUUUUGUCGAUACAAAAUGGGUGAGUGGGUUUUGUACAUCACCCUACAGAAUAUUAAAUCGUUUUUAUCUCAUUUAUUCUUAUCGGAUUCUGCUAUUUUUAUUGGCAAUCAUUGACAUUAUCUACGGUAUUGUCAAUCAAACACCGAUCGCUCAAUGGCUAGUCUAUCUCACACAUUACACACUCAUCGCAAUAUGCCUUGCUAUUUUAAAUAAUUUUAUUUUAACAACAAUUCUGUAUAUCAAUCUCAAAUAUCAUACUCAGCGUACACCCUGGAUAUGGUAUCAAGUUUACCAUAGUAUAACAAUAACUAUUGCCUUGGGAGCAGGGUGCAUCGUAUUUGUCCUGUUUUGGACACUUAUUUUCCCUACUAGCCCCCAUAUUCACAAUGUUAGAACAAUUCUCGAUCAUGGAAUACUCUGGUCUCUAUUAUUCGUCGAUAUAUUUUGUUUCACUCGUUUUCCCAUCUAUAUGAUUGAUGUUAUACCGUUAUUUUUCUAUGCAUUAUUUUAUGCUAUAUUAACAGUCAUUUUCUACGCCACGAAGAUUAAACUAUCACGAGAAAGAGUUGGAUACGUUUACAGUGCUCUAAAUCUGAAUAAAGAACCGACACGAGCAGCAAUUCUAUUAACGAUGUUCACGACAAUACUACCACCACUUGUCAUAUUUCUAUUUUGGAAUAUAUUUCGGUUAAGAAGGACGACGGAUGUUGGAUCAUCGAUGUCGUUGCAAUCAAAAGAGACUACAACAAGUGUCGCGUCACCGCUCGAACAACCUUAG